AUGAACUUCCGCAGCAGAAGGGUUCAAUUUCUGCUCUUAGCCAUCGGAAUCGUCGCUCUCAGUAUCACCGCUGAAAAAUGUCGGGAACUUGUUGGACAAGAAGCUGCAUCAAAGAGUGGACAGUUUACAUUCUUGAACUGCUUUGAUAUGAGUUCAGGAACCGUAGCCUGUGCGGUGAAAGAAGGUGUAAAGCUGUACUUCUACAACAUCAGAUCUAUUCACGUCGAGAAAGCCCGGAACAUUGCAAUCGAGAAAGCCUUGCACGAGGCAUUGGUAAAAGGCAUGGCUGCUAAUGAAGCAGCCAGGGAUGCUCAGAAUGCGGGUGCAAAAGCGGCUAAACUCGCUACCCGGCAAGCGAAACGGAUCAUAGGACCCAUAGUAGCUGCCGGAUGGGAUUUCUUUGAAGCGCUUUACUUUGGAGGGACGUUAACUGAAGGGUUCUUGCGUGGAUCUGGAACUUUGGUUGGUGCUUAUUCAGGAGGGUAUGUGGGUGAGCAGAGAUUCGGUAGAUUCGGUUAUCUUGUCGGGAGUCAUAUAGGGAAUUGGAUCGGCGCACGGGUUGGACUGAUGGUUUAUGAUGUCGUCACCGGUGUAAACUUCUUCCUUGAGACUUAUCAAUCUGGAGAAAGCUCUGAAGGUCGGUCUACAUAUGAAACUUCUGAGGACCAGUCUACAGUUGAAUCUUCGAAUUACGAGCUCUAA